GAGCCUCCGCUUGGGGGUACCCCGUUUUUUGCCUAUUUUCCAAACUACCCGUCCCCGCCUCAGCUUCCACUGGCUGGGCCAACUGUGGUGUGGUUGUCGCCGUUUGUCGGAGGAGCCUUAAUCGGCCACCUGCCGCGUUCCACAGCCUCUUUGCAUCUCGGAUUUCGGGGCGGUUCCCUCCCCCAUCUUUCCCUGCUUCUUUGCACCCCGUUUUUGUGCGUUUCGUUCGGGUUUUGUAGCCGUCUGUUUUUCGCACCCCUUUUUGUUUUGCUUUUAGGCGGUGUGCGAGGUUAAGCUGCCUUGGCACCCCUUCCCCUGGUUAUCUUUCCCUAUUUUGACAGCCCCCCUUUCUAUCGCAGUCGGGGGGGCCUAGCCUCGGCGCACCUCCGCUAGGCUGCCAUCAGACCACAGCGAGUGGCUGUGCACCCCGGAAUUUGCAGCAGCUGCAUAUCUGAGUGGAGUCUGCCUCGCCUGGCUCCCCGCGCGUUUCGGUGCGUAGAGGGCUUCAGCGCGCGACGUCCCCGCUUCUCCGCAGCCCCCCGCAGCGCGCCGGGACUCGCCCCGUGCCGCCAAGAUGGUCAUCCAGAAAGAGAAGAAGAGCUGCGGGCAGGUGGUUGAGGAGUGGAAGGAGUUCGUGUGGAACCCGCGGACGCACCAGUUCAUGGGGCGCACCGGGACCAGCUGGGCCUUCAUCCUCCUCUUCUACCUCGUCUUCUAUGGCUUCCUCACUGCCAUGUUCACACUCACCAUGUGGGUGAUGCUGCAGACUGUCUCUGACCAUACUCCCAAGUACCAGGAUCGACUGGCCACACCAGGCUUGAUGAUUCGCCCCAAGACUGAGAACCUUGAUGUCAUUGUCAACAUCAGUGACACUGAAAGCUGGGAUCAGCAUGUUCAGAAGCUCAACAAGUUCUUAGAGCCUUACAACGACUCCAUCCAAGCCCAAAAGAACGAUGUCUGCCGCCCUGGUCGAUAUUAUGAGCAACCAGAUAAUGGGGUCCUCAACUAUCCAAAACGAGCCUGCCAAUUCAACCGGACACAGCUGGGCAAUUGCUCUGGCAUUGGGGACCCUACCCACUAUGGUUACAGCACUGGGCAGCCCUGUGUCUUCAUCAAAAUGAACCGGGUCAUCAACUUCUAUGCAGGGGCAAAUCAGAGUAUGAACGUUACCUGUGUUGGGAAGAGAGAUGAAGAUGCUGAGAAUCUUGGCCACUUCGUCAUGUUCCCUGCCAAUGGCAACAUUGACCUCAUGUACUUUCCCUACUAUGGCAAAAAGUUCCAUGUGAACUAUACACAGCCCUUGGUGGCUGUGAAGUUCCUGAAUGUGACCCCCAACGUGGAGGUGAAUGUAGAAUGCCGCAUUAACGCUGCCAAUAUCGCCACAGAUGAUGAGCGGGACAAGUUUGCUGGCCGCGUGGCCUUCAAACUUCGAAUCAACAAAACCUGAGGCUCCCCCUCCCCCCACUUUCCCGUGGAUGCUUCUGGAAUGUCCUUGACCCUGCCUGAUCCCUCCCUCACCCCCCCAAAGGUAUUUUUUAUAACAGAGCUAUGACUUGUCUGAGCCUCAACUUCUCAACCUAGCCUGAUGUCUACACAAUUUCCAACAUCUUCCAACCUUAGCUUAGCCAGAGAUAGAGACAGCUCUUGUUUCUUCUAUUUCUACUCCCAUCCACUGAGAUCUAUAGAUAUGGCCAUGAACCCAGCCACCUAUAUACUCAUCCCCCCACCUCAACCUAGCCCUGGCCAUGGUCAGUCCUUUGCUUCCCAGAGAUGAAUGUGGUCCUCGACCCUUUACAAAGCUCUAGAGCGGCAUUCCUUUUAUCACUUCACACACUUCUGUCACUAUAGCCAGUAUCUUGGUGGCUUUGACUUCUGGUUCUUCCAACUGGUCUGUCCUCUCCUCUCCCCCAUCCCUAUCCCCUUGGAAAAGCAGUCAUUUGUAACUGAGUACAAGUUGGUUCUGUGGCCUUUUCCUUCCUUCCUUCGUGGUACAUCCUCUUUCUCCCCGAAUUGUGAGUCCAUGUUCUGGGAAAGGAGGACUGGAAGAGUCUUUAAUUCUUUUAGAGAAUUCUCUAGUAGGCCUAGACUCUAGCUUCUUCCUGGUCCCCCCUGUCAUCCAAACAGCUCCGACACAGUCGGUCUUGACCUGGGCUCAAUAUCCACUUUGUUUUUUAACUGUUGACUCCCUUCCCCCACUGGCCUUCCCAGAAUAUCUUUCAAGUUCUACUUCCCAGGGAGCUCUGGGGGAGGGGCCACUAUCUUGGCUCUCUCCCCAGUGGCCACCUUGGAAACGUCAGCUGGCUGGGGGGACUCCCUGAGCCCAGAUCUGCCCACCCCCAUGCUCUCUCCGGCUUCUCCUUGUGAGUUACUAACUGAUCACUAACUCCUUUCCUUUCUGCAUGCCAGCCUGAAAGUUUCAGAUACCCGCCUCCAGCUCAGCUCCAAAUUUCUUGGCUCCAUCUCUUUCAGACUCUUUUGCCUUUAAAAAACAAACAAACAAACAACCCCUGUAAGGCCCCUAGAAUGUUAAAUAAGGGUCUCUGUUCUGAAUUUUCUUCAGUUGUAGAGGCAUUUUCCUCUGGCUUCUCUGCUUGUCUUUAUCCUUCCUAACCUCCCACUUCUUCCUUAACACUGAGGCCCCACAGGCAAACGGACCCUUCCCUUCUUCCUCCCACUGGAUCUGUGUCUUCCUCCAUUGCGUGCCCGGGUUUCCUGCUCCUUCAUCUUCCCAGUCCUCCUUGCAGUUAUUUAAUGCCUGUGUCAGAUCUACUGUAAAAAGAGGAUAAAGUACAAUAAAGCGAGAGUGAUUAUAUAUAUAAAUAUAUAUCAUACACAGA